AUGGCCAGGAGUGUCCUCAAACUUGACAUCUCAAAAGCUUUCGACUCGGUGCGCUGGUCUUUUAUCACUGAUGCUCUUCGUGCCAUGGGUAUCCCUGACAUGUUUGUUCAAUGGAUUCAUACCUGCCUCUCGACUGCUGCGUUCUCUGUCUCCGUGAAUGGCGAGCUUGAGGGUUUCUUUGGGGGUGAACGGGGGUUGAGACAAGGAUGUGCUCUAUCUCCCUACCUCUUCGUUAUAGCAAUCAACGUGCUCUCUCGUAUGCUCAAUAAUGCAGCUCACUCAGGGAGUAUCGGGUUCCAUCCUUCUUGUAGUGAAGUAAAUUUAACACACUUAAGUUUUGCGGAUGACCUAAUGAUUUUCACUGAUGGUGCAGCUUCAUCACUCAGGGGCGUCUUUGAUGUUCUCUCUGAGUUCGGGAAUCUCUCUGGCCUACUGAUAAACCCAGUAAAAUCAUCUAUCUUCAUGGCUGGACGAAUUAGCCAAGAAUUCAAGGAGGAGGUUAACCGGCUUGGCAUCCCUACUGAAUCGUUUCCAGUGAGAUACUUAGGACUUCCUCUCACCACCAAAACAAUGACUAAAACAGAUUAUGAGCCGCUGGUUGAUCAGAUCCGUACUCGUCUUCUAUCUUGGUCUAGCCGAUCUCUCUCAUAUGCGGGUCAUCUCCAACUUAUUAAGACCGUCAUUGGCAAUAUCACAAAUUUUUGGUGCUCAGUAUUUCGGCUCCCAGCGAGUUGUAUGGAAACAAUUGAAGGGUUGUGUGGUGCGUUUCUUUGGUCAGGUACCCCAAACCCGCUCACGAGGACAAAGGUUGCUUGGGAAGAUAUAUGCAAGCCCAAGGAAGAGGGAGGAUUGGGUAUCCGACGCCUACGAGAUACGUCUCGUGUCUUUGCUCUAAGCUUGAUAUGGAGACUCCUUACGAACUCAGGAUCGCUGUGGGUAGCAUGGACCAAAGCUUACCUGCUGCGGUCGCAUAGCUUCUGGGAUGUUAGCGACAAAUACGCAGGUUCGUGGAUCUGGCGCAAGUUACUGAAGUUACGUGACCAGGCAGCUACUUUCCUCCGCUCCGAUAUCGGCAACGGCAAUUCCGCUCUAUUCUGGUUAGAUAAUUGGUCUAGUGCGGGACGCUUAAUUAAUAUUACAGGUGACUCCGGUACUCAGGUCCUUGGCGAUGAUCGUUAUGUGUGGCAUCAUGGGGAGGACGAGUACAAACCGUGCUUCUCUAGUGUCAAAACGUGGGAGCAGAUUCGAACGCAGCAUCCUACCGUAUCGUGGAGCAAGAUUGUAUGGUUUCCGCAGGCCAUCCCUCGAUUCUCGUUCAUCACAUGGCUGGCACUCAAGGAUAGAAUGUCCACGGGAGCCAGAAGUAGGGCUUGGGGAUGCAUCCAGGCGUGCCUUCUAUGCGGAGAACCGGAUGAGACCAGAGACCAUUUGUUCUUUCCGUGUCCCUACUUUUUCACUGUCUGGACUGAUCUGGUGGGGUACCUCCUAGGGUCUCAUGUGAACCCUGAUUGGUCUAUCACCAUCGCGUCUCUUCAGUCUACUCGUCGUAAGGAGAUCGAGGCUUGUCUCUUGAAGCUUGCUUUCCAGGCCAGGAUAUACAGCUUGUGGAGGGAGAGGAACAGUCGACGGCACCAAGGCCACCCACAAAGUGCUGCUCACAUGGUUCGUAUAAUCGACAAGCUCAUCAAGAAUAGGAUCUCAUCCCUGCGUUACGGGCGCCCAUCUUUCAAUAGUGAUAUGAUGCAGCGCUGGAUGGGACGCACCACGUAG